CAGUCUGCAUUCUAUCAGAGGGGAACCUUUAUUUUGUAGCCUGAGGAACUGAUGCUCUUCUUUUGUCUUGUUUUCCAGCCUAGAAGAGCUGCAAAUGCUGUCCUGUGGAGAACCCACUGACUGUGGUCAGCUGGUGCUUAGCCAGUGACCUGUGGUAGCACCAGGUGAAUCUCAGCACUGACAGUCAGUAGGUGGCAACAGGAACCGGUGUGGAAGGCAGCAACUUCACCACAAUGAGAUGCUUCACCCAUCCACUGCUCAGGAAGUUGUUGAGCCUCCCACCUCACUGUGUGCCAGGGCGAGGGACUCCAAGUAAAGGUGCUGUCCUCAGUCCAAAGCAGCUGUUUCUGAGGCAGAGCUGCAGUGCAGGACCUGGGUUCAUGACUGCCACUGACAUGGUCCACUAUUGGCAGAAGGUGUUCGAGACAAAUGGCAUCCCCGAAGCACAAGAAUCCAGUCAAUAUAUUGUGUCGUUUGUCCUGGGAGCAAAAACAUUUCAGAGUCUGGAUUCCAAAAGCCUCCACACUCCACUUACAGCACUGCAGCAGGAGCAAAUCCAGCAGCUGAGCCACAAGCGGCUCCAAAGGAUGCCAGUGCAGUACGUGCUUGGAGAGUGGGACUUCCAGGACCUGACCCUGAAGAUGAGACCCCCAGUAUUUAUUCCACGGCCUGAAACAGAGGACCUUGUCUCUUUAGUUGUGGAGGAAGAAUUUCAAAAAUGUAAGAAUUCAACCCUCUGUUUCCCAGCUCCUGUUCCUCAUCCUGUGAUCCUGGAAAUUGGCUGUGGUUCUGGAGCAAUUGCUCUGAGUCUGCUUUGUAAACUGCCACAGAGCAGAGUCAUAGCCAUGGACAAAGAGGAGGCUGCUGUGGAUCUCACCAGGGAGAAUGCACAUAGGCUGCAACUCCAAGAAAGGAUUCGCAUCAUCCACCAAGAUGUUUCACACAGUUCUGCCAAACAGCUGCUGCUCUGGGGCCCCAUAGAUGUCAUAGUCAGUAACCCCCCAUAUGUUUUCCAUGAAGACAUGGCUUCCUUGGAUGCAGAAAUCCUCUGCUAUGAGGACCUUGAUGCCCUGGAUGGGGGAGAUGAUGGCAUGAGAGUCAUCAAAACAAUUCUGGCUUUGGCUCCUUCUCUUCUGAAGGUUUCUGGGAGUGUGUUUCUGGAAGUUGAUCCCAGGCAUCCAAAUAUGGUGGAGCAGUGGCUACAGGCACACCCAGAAUUACUGCUCACCCUCCGUGCCAUUCACAAGGACUUCUGUGGCAAGUAA